AAGCUGUCGGAUGCGAUCCUGGCCGCAGGAUUCGCCACUGUGCGAUUCGACUUCUCCGGCAACGGGGAGAGCGAGGGCGCAUUCGCGACGGGCAACUACCGGCAUGAGGCAGCAGACCUGCACUCCGUGGUGGAGUGGGUGCGGGCGCAGGGCAGGCAUGUGGAGGCGGUGGUUGGGCACAGCAAAGGUGGCAACUGUGUGGUGCUGUAUGCCUCCUUGUACAAGGACGUGCCCAAGGUCAUCAAUGUCAGUGGCCGCUACGACCUCUCAAGGGGCAUCAGGGAGCGAUUCGGGGAGGAGGGAAUGGCGAAGCUGGAGAAGGAGGGGCAGCUAACCCAGCAGGACAAAUAUGGCUCAUACAUUGUAACAAAAGAGAGUAUUCAAGAGCGCCUUGCAACGGACAUGGCUGCUGCGGCACGCGCCAUCCCAACAUCUUGCAGCGGAAAAGCGGACUUGCGCACACCGCGGGGCAAUCCCAAGAAUGUUCAUCAUCCACCCACUCCCCUCGAUAUUGUUCCCUGGAAGGUGGCGUCCGGGUCCGUGACCGUUCUCGCUCUUUCGUUGCUCGCUGCUAUCUCCGCCGCUGGCGCGUCCACAGGAGGCCUCGAUGCCGUCCCCGUGCGCAUUGACUGCGGCAGCGCACAGCCAUCCGUGGCAAACGGAGUGGAGUGGCAGGCGGACGCGUUUUUCGACGGCGGGGAGGCAGUGCAGCUUCCCGCGGGCAACGAGUCGCGCCUCGCAUCCUCCGUCGAGUCCUCGCUGCGCGCCUUCCCCCCGUCCACCAGCCAGUCCGGCCAGGGCGGCGGCUGCUACAACGUCCCGCUCACCACCGGCGCGCGAUACCUCGUCCGCGUCGGCGUCGCGUAUCGGAACUACGAUGGCGCGUCGUCGCCUCCUUUUUUCGACAUUAAGAUCAACGGGCUACUCGUGAAGACCCUCACUCUCCCAGCCGUCGAGCCGCAGUUCCCAUCGUCUGCUUUCUACUCCGAUUUCCUGGUAUACGCGCUACAAGGUUCCAUCUCCGUCUGCUUUACACCGUUCCUCGGCGCCCCAUCUUCCACCCCAUUGGUCAAUUCCCUCGAGUUCCUCCCGAUCCACCCAGAGUCAUACGACGCAGCUAGCAUCGGCACCGAUGCUAUCCUCUCCACCCUGCUCCGAAUCAACUUUGGAGGCCCGGAGGUUACCGAUGCUGAGGAUGUUGGUUACCGAACCUGGGCUCGCGACGUCAACCCUGGCGUUCCAGGAGGAGGCCCCACCAGGGGCCUACAGCCUCUGCAAUUUGCCACCCUAUCCACCACCCAGUCCAUUUCAAAUGCAGGGUCGCCGCCCGACGAGCUGCCCGCGCAAAUCUUUCAGUCUGCCCGGGUGGGUAAGGACGCAGGUGUGGGCCGCGCAACGGGGUUUAUUUACCGAAUGGACCCACAGAACCCCCUCCACCUGUUCUACGUGCGGCUACACUUUGCGGAGAUAGAGGAGGGUGUGAAGCAGGGAGACCGACGGUUUGACAUUAAACUGUCAGAGGACAGCAUUUUUGGUCACGAGGGUCAGCACCUGGACGAAGAUACAGUAGACCAGCAAGGAAAGCUCUGGCCCAACGGGUUUGACAUCAUUGAGGCUGCUAACGGGUCUGCCUUUACGGGGGUUACACUGCCGAUAUUCUUCAAUUACUCGGUGUAUGCGGAGAAUUACGGACGGGAGCUGCGGGUGUGGCUGCCUGCUAUGCCCGAAUCGCCCAAGCCCCCUCUGCUGUCUGCUGUGGAGCUCUACGAGAUCACGCGCACACCUGUUGAUGGAUACGUGUACCGAGGCGUGACAGGCAGUGACAUUGCAGGCAUUGUGAUGGCGUGCGUCUUUGGUGUCAUUUUUGUGCUGCUCCUUGCAUGGCUCCUGGCCGCCCGCUUCACUCGCAGCUCCCGCCAGUAUGCCAUCUUUGGCGCUUCCGGUCCUUCAGACUCAAAUCAGACUAACGCACCCACCCCUGGGUCUUCAUCCAUUGGUGCAGAGCCAGCAGGCGAUGCGGUCGUCCAAUCCAGCCAGAGCGGGGAGGCAGUUUCGGGAAGCGGCAAUGCGCAGCAAUCACAGCAGCCUUCCCAGCAGCAGCAGCAGCAGCAGCAGCAACCACAGCAGCCACACCCGGGCAUUUCGCAAACGCCAGAUCAGCUGCAUCUGCAACAGCAGCAGCACAUGCAGCAGCAGCAGCAGCAACAGCAGCACGUUCAGAUGGUUCCAGGAUCAGACCCCAACGGGAAUGUGUUUUAUGCGGCGGGGAACGGAUUCGUUCCGCACUACUUUUAUGAUUAUUCUGCAGAUCCUGGAAGGUUAUCCCACGAGCAGUGGGAGGAAUACAUGCGCAUGGCCAACAGCGGUGCUCCCGGAGGGGGCCCCCCUCUCGUCGGUCUCAUGCCUGAAGGCAUAGAAGGCCAUCCUCCCCAGAUGUACGCGCCACACCACUUCCAGUUCCAGCCGCCCGUCUUCCCACCGCCUGUUCCUCCCCCUCCUGCUGAUCCAUCGAAGCUCGCGGCACUGCCCGAUCAGCUGACUCAGCCCGCCAGCUCGUCCGCGCCCGCACCAGCGGACGCCAUGGCGGGUCCCAUGCCGCUCCUUCCAGGCCAGCCCCUGCCCGCGGGAAUCGCCCCGCCGCCGCACCUUGCGCACAUGCAGAUGCACGGCGUCCCCCCUAACGGUGUCAUGCCACCUCAAGGCGUCCCGCUUCCCGGCGGGCCGCCGCCCCCCGGAGGCCCAGGCGCCGCACCGGGGGCGCCAAUUCCCAUGCGCGGCCCCCCUGGCGCGCACCUCGGAAACAUGCCCGCGGGCAUGCACGGCCGCGGCGGAAUGGGCCCCGGGGGAGUUGGCGGGCGUGGAAGGGGGGAUGGGGGCCGGGGAGGACGGGGCUGGGGCGGAGGCCCCGGGGGGUAUGACAAGGGAAGAGGCGGAAGGGGAGCGAGAGGUGCCAGGGGAGGGUACGGCGGGUAUCCGGGGGGGAUGAUGAUGAUGGGCGCACCUGGUGGGGGGCGUGGGAUGCAAGGCAACGGGAUGCAUGAGGCCGUGAACGAGCAGAACCGCGGGCCUAGGACCAACCGGGCGGGGCGGGGGAAGCAGCCGCAGCAGGCAAUGGGAGCAGCAGGUGCGGCGGGUGCACCUGCUGACGGCAGUGCGCAGGCAGGUGCUGCUGCAGCGGCAGGAGCAGCAGGGGCGCAGGGUGGGGUAGCAGGGUCAGAAGGAGCGGCUAACAGCGGUGCGUCUUCCUCUGCUGCCGCCGGCACCGCUACUGGCGCUGCUGCUGGCGGUGCUGCUGCUAACACUGCAGCGGCAGAAGGCGGCGCUGCGAAUGCAAGCAAUGCCGCUGCGCUCCCUGCUCUCGCCGGCACGCCCGGGUUCCUCGCGUUUCCUGGCAUGCCCGGCGGUCCUGCGCCCGGAUCGUAUGCCACUCCCGCCAUGGGAGCCCCCCCCGCCAAUCCUGCUGCCGCCGCCGCCGCCGCCGCUGGUGUUGCGGGCGUUGGCGCGCCGAAUCCCUGGAGCCUUGUACAGGGUAUGGAGGAGAUUAAUAGGGCGGAUUUCCCGGUGACGUACCAGGCGGCAAAGUUUUUCGUGAUCAAGAGUUACAGCGAGGACGACGUGCACAAAAGUAUUAAGUACGGCGCGUGGGCGUCCACCCCCAACGGCAACAAGCGGCUCAACGCCGCGUUCCAGGAAGCUGCCGCGAAGACCGCUGCGACCGGGUCGCGAUGCCCCGUGUUCCUCUUUUUCUCGGUGAACGCGAGUGGUCAGUUCUGCGGCGUGGCGGAGAUGAUGUCCCCUGUGGACUUCCAGCGGUCGGUGUCGUUCUGGCAGCAGGACAAGUGGAAUGGGCUGUUCACGGUGCGCUGGCACGUGAUCAAGGACGUGCCCAACGCGCACUUCCGCCACAUGAUCAUUGCGGCCAACGAGAACAAGCCCGUCACCAACAGCCGCGACACCCAGGAGGUGCCGCAAGAGCAAGGGCAGCAGAUGCUGCGCAUAUUCAAAGACUACAUGUCCCGCACCUCCAUUCUCGACGACUUUGACUUUUAUGACAAGAGGCAGAAGGCCAUGCAGGCCCGCAAGGAGCGGCUGCAGUACCAGCAGCACCACCCGCACCCCCAGCACCCACAGCAGCAGCAGCACCCGCAUCAGCAGCAGCAGCAGCAGCAGCAGCACAUGCAGCAGCACCCGCACCACCGCCAGCAGCAACACAUGCUGGCGUUCCCGCCUCUGCAGCACCACAACCAGCAGCCGCACCCGCAUUACCAUGGUGGCCCGUAUGGCCGCGGGGGCAUGCACCGACACCAGCGUGCGUACCCUCCCAACCAAGGCCGGGGCCAGCCCAUGCAGUCAACCCAGCCGCCUGCCCCAGGGGGGCCUGCAGGAGCCCCCCCUGCAGCAGCUGAGGCAGCAGCAGCUGGAGCAGCCACCACUGCCCCUGUUGCUUCAGGCCAGGCUUCUGCUGCCCCUACUGCUGACAAGGCUCCUGCUGCUGCUGCCCCUGCUGGUGCUGCCGAUUCCGGGGGGCCCGGGACGGGAGAAUUUGAGUGCGAUUCUUAG